CUCACUUCAGUGCCAAAGGGCGAUACUCGGGCGACCAUCCACAUGAUAUCUCCCUCGUUCUCUGCUGCCAACUUGUGGCCUCGUGCUCUUCAUCGAAAUCGGCAUUAGUUUUGCUUUAUUUCUCAUCCCGUCUCCUCACCCUCUUGCUCUUCGUCCCAGCUUGCCUGCGAGAUUGCGUCCGUAAAAGAUAUAGGAAACCAGCGCUUUGUGGUUAAAUCGGGGCUUCGGGGUUGCUUGAGGAAGAAAGUUUCAAAAUUUUUUUUUAUUUUGGUUCUUUCAAUUCCCCGUUAUCUUAUGGCUUCUUACAAGCUCAGUGGGGCUGAGAGCCUCUCAUUCCUCCAAGCGAAAUCCCCAAAAGGAUUAGGUUUUGUUGCGUCUUCAAUUCAUGGCAACACCAAUCUAAAAUUAGGGUUUGUUUCUUUCGAUGGAAGGAGAAGGGGGAACAUUUCUUCACCCAGAUGCAGCGUCUCCUCUUCCGACCAUCCACCCAGAUGCGGCGUCUCCUCUUCCCGACCAUCCUUCCAACCUAGGUUUAUACAGCAUAAAAAAGAGGCAUUUUGGUUUUAUAGGUUUCUCUCCAUAGUCUAUGAUCACGUCAUAAACCCUGGGCAUUGGACUGAAGACAUGAGGGAUGAGGCCCUUGAGCCUGCGGAUCUCUAUGAUUCCAGGAUGAAGGUUGUGGAUGUUGGAGGAGGAACUGGAUUUACUACACUGGGAAUUAUUAAGCAUAUAAAUCCAAACAAUGUCACCAUUCUUGAACAGUCGCCACACCAGCUUGCUAAGGCUAGGCAAAAGGAAGCUUUGAAAGAGUGCACCAUCAUUGAAGGCGAUGAAGAGGACUUGCCAUUCCCGACGGACUCUGUUGAUCGAUACGUUUCUGCUGGAAGCAUUGAGUACUGGCCAGAUCCACAGCGUGGAAUUGUGGAGGCAUACCGUGUUCUAAAACUUGGAGGAGUAGCCUGCAUAAUUGGUCCUGUAUACCCAACCUUUUGGCUUUCUCGCUUCUUUGCUGAUAUGUGGAUGCUCUUCCCUAAGGAAGAAGAAUAUAUUGAAUGGUUUAAGAAAGCUGGGUUUAAAGAUGUGAAGCUUAAAAGAAUAGGUCCAAAAUGGUAUCGUGGUGUGAGACGCCAUGGACUCAUUAUGGGAUGCUCUGUCACCGGAGUUAAAAGAGAAUCUGGUGAAUCUCCGCUCAAGCUUGGUCCUAAGGUUGAGGCUGUGGAGAAAUCUGUGAAUCCAUUUGCCUUUCUGGUUCGUUUCAUUUUGGGUUCCAUUGCUGCUGCUUACUACGUGCUGGUGCCUGUUUACAUGUGGAUUAAAGACCAGAUAGUUCCAAAGGGAAAGCCAAUUUGAAUAAGAAGAAGGCCAUGAUGAUGAUGUGAAAAAGGUUGGGAGAGAGAGACAGAGAGAGAUGAUGAACUAUAUUAUCUGGUGUGAAGGAUUGCAUUAAACUAAAGAACUUUUGGUUGUACUUCUCCUAGCUAUGCAUUGUUAGAUAACAUUUGUAUUUAUAGACUUUCGCGCGCUUUGGAUUUUAGCUCCAUUUAAUGUAAUAAUCUUUUGAUGUUCUAAUUUUUGAAU